AUGAGGACUGAAAUAGUUGACAAAGGGGAAGAGUUGGAUGUGGCGGCACCACGUUGCUUUUGUGGGAAGAUAGCUCGCUUACAAACUUCAUGGACUGAGGCGAACCCACUUCGAAGAUUCCAUGUUUGUCCAAACUCAUCAGGGAGGAGGAAAAAAGGAUGUGGGUUUUUUGUUUGGGUGGAUGUUGAAUUUCCACCUAGAGAGAAGGCUCUGGUGAGUUAG